AUGCCAGCCAAAGUUCCCAAGCCGCCCAAAACUCCCUCCAUAACCGCAAAAGCGCUGCAAACCCUCCUCACAUGCAUUGGCUCUGCCUCAUCGGGUACAAAAUCAGUGCUGCACUCACGUCUCCUGCGCGACCUGCCCGUCUCCCGGUUCCGCAAUAUUCAUGCUAAAGGGGAUACGCAACAGACUGCGAAUUCGAAUAGCAAGCUACGAAUUGUGAGUAUAGACAUGGGCAUCAAGAAUCUCGCUUUUUGUGAAGCCCUGGUCUCGUAUCCCGGGUCCAUGCAAGAGAAAAGGGCAAAGGGGGUGAAGAAGGAGUGGGAUGCAACCAUGGAAAUUGUACGAUGGGAAAAGGUGGAUCUUGUAGCAAACACGCAGGACCCACGACAGGCGUUUCCCAUUGUCACGUCCAAGGGCAAAGCUGGCAGGUCGAAGAUUUCAAGUGAGGAAGAAGACGAAGAAGUAGACCCUUACUCCCUCCCUGUUCUUUCAGAGACUGCCUAUCGGCUUAUCAAACGGACCAUCCUCUCCAGUGCCCCAGAUGUCAUUCUCAUUGAAAGACAGCGCUGGCGGUCCGGCGGUGGCAGCGCAGUGCAGCAGUGGACUGUGCGUGUGAAUACGCUCGAAGGUAUGUUGUGGGCUGUGCUCGCAACGCUCAAGGGAGAAAGUGCACACUUGCCAAACACACAUGGGGAGACGCAUCCCCAGGCUAUCAAGCCGUAUGAGGUUUUCGCCGUAGAUCCCAAGCGACGAGGAAAUCGAGAGCGCGGAAAGUCGAGCAAGAGAUGA